CCCCCCCCCCUGCCGAUCAUUUCAGCGGGCAAUUGCCCCCCCCCCCUGCCGAUCAAAUAUCCGGGGCACCGAUAUGGAUUGUCACGUUAUAGGGACGCCGAAGGCGAAAGCGGACACUGUAUAACAAUCAACGAUAAAUCGCUUCGAAGAGAAUAAGAAAUCACCUUACAGCAUAGCAGUUCUUUUUUCUUAAUAACUUUGAUGCACUGAAAAACGAUUGUUCGAAACCAUCCCAAGAUCUCACGCUAAAUCUAAAAGGUUUUUGCACAAAGUAGAUACCAUGGGCGUACCGAGGUGAGGUGUGGGGAUGUUUUUGAGGAACCCGUCAAAAUUUUUGGCUUGGCGGUAAAGUUCAGAUUAGGCGCCAUUCAUACAAAUAUUUAGAGGGUGCAAGGAGUUUUAACGAAAAAAAAUGCUAAGAAGAAAAAGCUGAGAGAUUUUGUCCCAAUCUAAAGAAAACGACACCAGAAAAUCUAUUCAAACCACCAAAUAGCUUUCAGCCUGUGGAUAUUUAUUGAAGAGAAAGCUUGUGUUAUUGAAAAAUGCUUCAAAAAGUGCAUUUUCCAGCAAACUAGAAGCAUCAAAAUUCAAAAGUUUUUCCUCUUCGGCGGCGGUGUCGCCUUGGAUAGUGUAGUUAUAUCCUGGGCUUGUUCCGAUAUAUAGAUUUAAAGGGCUGGAAGAUUUGAUGAUAAUAUGUAAAUAAAUGCUGUGAAUCGACACAAUGUAUUGCAGAGGAUGAUUUCCAAUCCGGCAAGUUCGUAGUAAACACAAACAAUGCCUGCCUCGCAACGGCCUGGAGGCCAUAUUUUGGAGAAAGCUUAUAGGUAUUGUUCAGGAUUCUUCAUGAGUCUAUAGCGAUGUUGUUAAUAAUCGGAUGCAGUUUCCGACCAUCCCCAGAACAUUUUUUUUUGCAUUAUUUUGCCGCCAACGAUGGCGACCGCCCUCACUAAACUCCUGAACGAUCUUACUGCCCCCUCCCUACCCCGAACCUCCCUCAUUAGUGACGUUCCUGAUUAUCAUUGUUGUGCAAUUUGAUGAUACAGCCGCUACAACGAUACUCAAAAUACUGUUAAUUUUACAAGGUUUUACAAAAAUAAAAUACUCUAUUUGAAAUGUAUCUAAUUGUCAGUAAUUGACUACCGGCACUCCCCUCACUUGAAGGUCUUACAGUACGCCACAUAUAGAUAGAUAUAGAUCAGCGUGCUUCCGAACACUUGUACUUUUCUGCACAUUUCCAAUACUUUGAAGGAAAAUUGAAAGAUAUGUGGGCGCCAUUUUGCCCCUUUGCCCCCCCCCCUGCGAUCUCAUCCCCAGUCACUGAUACGUUUAAUCUGUAAAGGCUCCUACUUCAUAUCUCCAAGAGGGUCUUGUGCGUCUUUGUAGGGAUCCUGUUGUUUUUGUAACAUUACGAGACAGGCCUUAUGUUGUUUUUUUGCUCUGUCUCGAUAAGGGGAAUGUACUGAUUGUAAGCAUCAUCACAGACCUCGAACACUAGUCGAAGAAAUUACUAUUGUUGUUUCUUUUGCCAUUGAAUACAAAGGUAUACAGCCAUUUAUCCCAGUGUUCAAAAAAUUAAUUUCAAUUCCAUUCAAUUUAAACUGGAAUCCAGCAUUAUCCAAGGAGAUAGCUUAACGGAAUGUUUAGUGACAAGGGGGAGCUAAAAUGUUUCCUUUGCCUAAACAGAUGUUUUACAAAUGGUUAUUCCUUUGACAAGAGACAUCUUGUUUCUUACACAUAUUUACUUUGCCUAAGUGAGGAUGUUGCGGUCUACAUGUACAAAUGGAACAAGAGUUUAUCUGGUUUUUGGCAACUAAACACACAUGUCCUGGAAUUAGUCAAUGAAUGGUCGCCUACAGUCAAGGAAUCUCCCUAUUCAACCAUAAACAUGAAAUGACAGUAACGCAUCUCACUGCACUGUCUUGACUGGUGCAAGUCACCAUAUCUGAUCUUGUCAGAAAGAAGACAGAGGCAAGCUUCGUAUCCUUGUUGCAUCCAUAGAUUUUUGCAAGAAGAAGCGACUCUUCCUGUUUUAUCAAUUUUGUGUGUAUAUUUUCGUAGAAGAAACGGAAAAGUUAUCAUUUUAUUUUAGUUAAGUUAUUGUUAGUAAGAAAGUUUAGGUUCCUGCGACAAAAAUUGCUUUUUGUUUAAUUAUUGACUCAAAAGAAGCUAAGUGAUGCUCUCAAAGAAGUAAACCGCGGGGGAGGGGGGGGGGUGGGUUGAGGAUGGCUUAAUAGAGAAGCAGGCUUAUUGGAGAGAGGAGCUUAUUAAAAAUUUGAAGCAAACAAUUCUUUAAAACGCCAUUGUGCAUAUUUUGUCAUGAGAUGCCAUAUAAAUGUUCUCAACAAAAUAUUGAAAGUUUCCACCAGGAUCGAUUGAUAACCCAUGGACAUCUUCUAAACAAAUUUUAACUAACUUCUAAGGCGCACAAGUGAGUCUUGCUAUGGGCCCUAUUUAAUGCACACGAUCUUACAAUCAUCACACACGUCAAGAGACCCAUUAAAUGCGCAUAUUUUCAACAACAUUUGUUGUGUAAGCGGCAAAAUUGUUUAGUAAAACUUCAGUACUGCUAAGCAAAAUGUUAAAAACAACUGUAGAGGAAAUUGAAAUAUUUUUCUAGAAAUGCUAACCUAAUUCCAUGCUAAAACUAAGAAAUAUAGAAUAUUCAAGCAUUUACUUCAUAUUUUUCUUCAAGUAUCAAAGCCUAAUCAAAUACAUAAUAAUUUUAAAGAUCAAUAGAAAUAAAGCUUUACAAAGUCGAUUUAGCCUUAUACUUACAUAAGUCUUUAUCUUCCUCUGUGCUUUGACAGUGACAGUAAACUAAAAAUAUGCCAAAAAAAGUCGGAUGGAUUUUGUUAAGAUUGAACAGAAGUUUACAGAAUUUUCGCAAAGAAAAAGUGCUUUCUUAGCGCCAUGUUCAAGUCGCUGAUAAUUUUUUGUUGAAGAAGAGAUGGAUAUAACAUCGCCUUGCCAGUUUACCUGACAGCUUUUUGGACAAAAUUUUGAUAAAAAAAGCCCAAUAGAGAUCCUUGUGGAACACGAAGAUGACUUCUUCCAUUCAUGACGUAACACCAUUUGUCGGAGCAAACUUUAGACUCAAGAGUCUAGAAAAGGAACCUGAAACAUACCAAAUAUAUUUUCACUUUCAAAUUAGAAAUAGAUUUCGGUUAUUUGAUUCCUUCUCAAGACAAUGUUAACGCUUAUAAUGACAUAUACCUGAAAAUCAAAAGUUUCUUUAUACAAAGGUGUUAAGGCUUUAUACAAAAGUAGUUAGCAGUUAGCAGCACCAGCGUAAAGAAAAAGGGGUUAAGGCUGAGCAAAUCUAAGUUUGGCACUCCUUUAUAUACAUAUAUAAGACACCACAACCUUUCUCUAUUACAAAAGCUCUACACGGGUGUAUUUUAAAAAUAUUGUGAUGUUUUCGAAAUCAAAAUUGCGAAAAUAUGAACCAUCCUUACACAAUAGAUAUUUCGAAUUAAGUUACCAUUGACAGAAUUGGGCACCUUUCCAAAGUGUCUCCACCUGAAAUUUUGUUUACUUUUAUAUAUGACAUGUCGUAUAUGACCAGGCACCGCGUGAUAGGGGAAGCGUUAUAAAAAAUGCAAAAAAAACAAUGAAGCACUAGUCCAGUCUCUUUUUAUUUCGUUUUCGUUUUAUUUAACAUUUUUAGAACAGCCACUUUUUACAACGCUCCGUAGUGCCUGAUGGCUUUAGCCCCCUACCCGCUUCCUAUUUUUUGACAAAAAUGCCAAAUAUAACCAAUGAAUUACCAGCCAAACUACUUUUUCUUCUGUUUUAGCCCCCCUUCCCUUCACUUUUUUAAGACCAUCUACUUUUCACAACGCUCAACGGUGCUUGGUGACAUUUGGACAACGGAGCUGUUUUUGCAAGUGGGUCAGAAGUUAUCCGGAUUUCGGCAUUCCCAUUAACUGGCAGGUGGGUCAAAAAAUACCCGGGAAAAAACUGACCGACUCUGAGACCCGUUGUCAAACUUAUCCGUUAUUCAAGUGAGUUAGUGGGAACGCGACAUAGAAUCGGAUAACUUAUAACGCGACGUAGAACCGUUUUUGUUUUAACCCGGGCUAGUGGAAAGGCUGCCUUAAAGAGGAGAGAAUAAAAGAAAAUCAGGAUUUAUUAAUGGGCAAAUUAUCGCGAAGGUUGUAACAUGGAUACAACAAAAAACGACGAUUUGAGGAAAAUUACCGAAUUACCGACAGAAAAUGGCAAAUACCGCAUUUACUGUCAACCUCAAAGACCCCCCUCCCAUUAAUAGAGCGGGGGGCUUACCUAAAUUAAUUGCUUGAUAAAGAGGUGCUCAAUUGGGAAGGGGGCUUAAUACAGCUUUCACGGUAUUCUUGAUAUUUUGAGCCUAAGGACCUGUUUACAUGAAGUGGGCUACUUAUUUGCGUGGUCUUGGAUAAAAGAAAUCGUUUCAAAUUCAGUUGUGUUUAUAAUGGGUAUUUCUUCUGUUACUGCUACUCUGACACAAGCAAUAGAAACAAAACCAUUGUCGUUUGCCAUUUUGCCAUGAAGAAGCACUCCAAAAUAUAUAGCAAACUUUACUAAUAAACAAUUUCAGUCCAGUUUGAUGUUUAACAAAGCUUUAGAGAUAAAUGAGCUAAUUUCCUUGGUUCAUAAUCUACCAUUAAACACAUUUGACCCCUUUUUGAUCUAAAAAAAAUCGGAGUCUGUAUAUCUCAAUAUCCUGCUAUGUCGAACAAAUUUUCAUUUCCCCUGCCAGUUUGGGAUAGCACGACUUGCCUGUAUAUACGACACUGUAUUGUUCUGUAUAUACAACACUGUAAGUGCAUUAUGUUCUUUAAAUGUAGUAUUUAAGCAAAUAACUUUCGAAAAAGGAAUUUAACUGAUAAAUUGGCUUAUUAAUUGUGAUAUUCCCCGGUUCGCCGAUUCCCCAAAUACCCGAUUCUCCGCUUCCACGAUUCCCCGAUUCCGCGAUUCCUCGAUUUCCCGAUUCUUCGUUCCCGGUUUUAGAGUUUAUCAAGGGAUACAUGCCAACUCUCAUGUUUAUUCACUAGAAGCUUCUGCCCAAGUUGAGUGUUAAGAUAUUUCUAUUUUUGCAAAUCUUUCAAAUGGAAAUUUCAAAAAAAUUGCAUGCAUUUAAACAUAUGUUCGAAGACACAGAGAAAAUGAAUUUGAGCGUCGUACUUUUGUGGCAUGUCUUGGCGAUUUUCAUAAAAAAUGCCAGCGGAGUGUGCAAUUGUUCCACUAAUAAUGCGACAACGUCCAUGCGAACACUGUCGAUGUUGAAUUACUCGAAUAACGAGAACUGUACAUUCUACAUCCGACCUUCCAGAACGUUCUUAUCAUACGGUUUCUACUUGGAGAUCAAGUGGAUAUCGUUUGACAUUGAAGGGAAAAUUCCAAAUUGUUAUGAUUUUGUCGAAGUUUUCCUCACGAGCGCGUACAAAAGCAUUGGGAAGUACUGUUCUGAUAAUAUGGUUGCGAAUAGGCCAUUCGACAUGUACUCCCAUGAUGGAUACGCAAAAAUCGUCUUUGAAUCAGACAGUUGGAUUACACGGCCAGGGUUUUCAUUGACAUACCAGUUAAAAAGCAAGUCAGGAUUUGGUUUGGGUUCUAAUGCCGACAGUUCAUGCUAUUAUAGCGAUGCUUCUGCAGCAGCAAUCUUCUACUCUUCUGGCUGGCCAUACGGUUACUACGCAAGCAGCACCCCAUGUUUAAGAACUUAUUACGUUGGCGCAAAUACGUUACGAGUUGCUGUGAUGGACGUUUCAUUGUACAAAAGACCACUGCCUUACUGUAACACAACUGACUCUCAGUUUCAGAUCAGAGCAUCAUCCCGCCGCUUCACAACUUUAUCGCAAUUUCUAUCGGGUGCAACGGCAGUAAGCGGGAGGAUCUGCGGAACCAAUACUCCAACUAUUUAUACUGCAAAAAACAAUUACGUUUACUUGUACUUUAACAGACCACAGCCAAGCACUGGGUAUCGUGGCAUCAUGGUUGGCUACAUUGCUUACAGAGAAGAUGAAUUAGAUGAAUGUGCUCGUGGACUCCAUCACUGUAGUUCUAAUGCCUUUUGUACCAAUACGCGUGUCUCAUACCGAUGCACUUGCAAAACCGGGUACACAGGGACUGGAUCUUUUUGCAGUAGAAUUGAUGUGAAUGAGUGUACGCUGGGAACCCAUAGAUGCGAUAAAGAUGCUACAUGCACGAAUACGAUCGGAUCAUACAGAUGCGCUUGCAAAAGUGGAUUCAUUGGAAACGGAGUUAGCUGUUUGCCAGCAGUGUCUUCCUCUAAAAGUGCUAGCAACAUUGGAAGCUACAUCGGUGGAGCAUUUGGUGUUGUAACCUUCCUAGCAACAGUAUUCUUUGUUAUAAUUUGUUACUGCAAGAAAUCGCCUCGUUCUGGCAGAGCCUCUACAGCCACACAAGAAGGCCAUUACCAGACACUGCCUUCUGUAACAUACACCGCCGCCAAUACCUCAGCCAAUAGUGAUACCUUCAUGCAGGGAACAGAGCCAUGGCAGCAGCCUAUGUCACAAUCGUCUGCCGUUUUCAAUGAAGGGAAUGUCCCUUAUCCUUCAAACGGGCUGGCACCUUUUCCUCCGCAAGCAGUAAUUGCAACACCAAAUAUCAACAGAAUACCACCGCCUGAAUACCCAAAAGCCAUCGUACCAAACAGUACCUACCCUAUGGCUCCUCCUCCGUAUUCAUCUUGCAUUGUAUCAAGCAGAUACCCGCCUUUACAGAGUCCAAAAGUCGUCGGUACACCUAAGAAGAAAGAUAUUUUAUGAUCAUCAUUUAUGUGGCUGUAAGAAUUGCAGUUUUAAUUGUAAUUAUUGUAAGAUCAAAAUUUCGUAUCACUAAAUUAAACCAGCUAUAGCAAUGAUAGCAUUCCUUAUUUAUAAAUAACUUGCGUGUUUUUAAAGAGCUUGGAUAAAAAUAUUCGUUUUUGUCUACCAUUUUACCUAGUAACUAUUUUGUAAAGAUUUUUAGACAAAGGACCUUAUAAUUAGACAAUGCUUGUAACCAUAAGCCUUCAAAAUUACGCAGAAAAAAUUAAUGUACAGUUAGUAAAGUUUGUAAGUUUAGAUUAAGAUUUUGUUGGUUGUGUAUUGAUUUGUUGAUUAGAUUAAGAUUAGAUUAAGAUUGUGUUGCUUUGUUAAUAGA